AUGCAGAUUGUUACGAACGGCACUUCUCCAAGAUUACGAAAGAAAGCACUACAAGACCCAAAAUAUAGUUUGGCAAACAUGUUAAUCGAUGGACGAAAAUACGAAACUAGUUCAGCUCAAGCCGUUGGGAUCGAAGAACAAUUCAAAACAAGGGGAAAUAUAAAUGCAAUGGCUAUGACAACGCCCACUGAGAAAAAGUGUUAUUACUGCGGGUUCAAGUAUCCACACGACUCAACCGUGCUCAGCGAAGUCUGCUAUUUGUAGCCACUGCGGAAUAAAGGGACACUUCGCUAAAGUCUGUCGAACACGAGGAAAAUCUUUCGCAAGUAAGGGAAACCUUGAGAAAUUACAAACGCAAGGUUUUACCUCCCCAGACAAAAGGUACCAAUCACGAUGGGAUGAGAAUAAACAACGAAAACAACAAGCAAAGGCUGUCGGAAUAUCACAAAGCGAACCAAAUACUGAAUGCUCGGAAGAAGAGGAUUAUGUUUACACAGUAUCGCAAGAAACGAGGGAGAAAACACACGCGACCGUAAAAAUAAAUGGACAGGACGUUUUAUAUUUGGUUGACACUGGCGCGACUGUUGACAUCAUUGAUUCUACGACAUACGCGAAAUUAAAGAGGGAAAGUUCAUUACGUAAAAGUGCAACUAAAAUCUACGCAUAUGGAUUUCACACACCUCUGCCUCUAAACGGACAAUUUCAAGCAACACUCGAAUCGAAAAAGCGUUAUACCGUGUCGCAAAUAUAUGUAAUAGACAGUGCAGGAAGAAAUUUACUAAGUGCUAAAACAGCCCAAGAUUUGGCCUUGGUCCAGCUAAUUAACGCAAUUUCAGGUUUUCCUGAACAAGAUGAACAAAGAAAGACAAAUCAAAACAAUACAGACAGCACUGCAUGCGAGACCAAUCCAGAAAUCAACACAAGUGUUCCUCAAUCAGAAGACCCAAAAAUGCAAGAAAUCAUAAACAAAUAUAGUACAGUUUUUAAGGGGCAAGGAAAAUUGAACAAUCAACAAAUUAAACUUCAUAUCCGAGACGAUGUCAAACCAGUUAUGCAGCGGCAAAGACGUAUAUCAUAUCAUGUGAGAAAGGAUGUUGUUAAGGAACUAAAGGAACUAGAAGAGCAAGACAUUGUCGAGAAAGUCGCCAAUCAACCAACACCAUGGAUAUCUCCAAUAGUCGUCACGCCAAAGAAAGACGGAGGUAUUAGACUAUGUGUAGAUAUGAGGGAAGCAAACCAGGCAAUCGAAAGAGAGAGACACACAAUGCCAACUUUACAAGAUUUUAAAGCUGAG